AUGCGAAUACACAAACACGCCUUCACUAAAGCAGCACGCGAUUUUCUGACUAGUACUGCGUCUCGCCGGUUGUUGGAUAAUAAUUAUCUUCCUAAUUCGGGUCCUUAUUGAAAAUGAACCUCCUCCCGAAGGCCAAGGCUGAAUUCUCCGAGACCUCGUACUGGGAGAACUUUUUCAAAAAGCGAGGAACAAAAGCUUUCGAUUGGUAUGGCGAGUACCCUGAGCUGUGCAACCUGAUUCAUAAGUACAUCAAACCGAAGGACGACAUUCUCGUCGUUGGCUGCGGCAACUCAACUUUGAGCGCCAGCAUGUACGAUGUUGGCUAUAGGAGCAUGACGAACAUUGACACAAGCUCGGUGGUCAUCAGACAAAUGCGAGACACGCAUUCCAAGACUAGACCAGGCCUGGUUUUUGAACAGAAGGACGCCAUGGACACUGGUUACGCCGACAGCCACUUCAGCGUCGUCCUGGACAAAGGAACGUUGGACGCCCUCAUGCCGGACAGUGAGGAGUCCACCCUUACGCAAAUCAAUCGAUUCUUUAAGGAAAUUGACCGAGUCCUUCGAGUUGGAGGGCGUUACAUUUGUGUGAGUCUACUGCAGCCGCACAUUCUGCACCACCUGAUGCAAAGGUUCCCCGUCCAGGCACCUGAAGGUUUUGGGUGGCCUCUGAGGAUUUGUCUUUGUCCAGAGGCGAGUGCUGCCAACGCCCAAUCGUCUGGUGGUGGCCUUUCAAUGCCAGUUUUCUUUGUCGUUUGCACCAAGUUCAAAGCAAUACCAGGAAUGAAAAGCAUAACAGAAAUCAGUCUUUCUGACCAACACAUAAUGAGAACGGAACCGGAUGAGAUCAAAGAGCAAAUCGUCUCUCUGCACCAGGCAGCCCUGGUGGCCUGGAAACUGAGGACACAGAAACAGGUGCCUGGCGGGGAAGAGAACAAAGACGACCUGAGCAUCCACCUUCACAGACUUGGGGAUGAGAAGCCGAGAUUUACCCUCAGAAUUGUGGAUAGACCUACCUCAAAUAAAGGUGCAGCUCACAAAUUUGCAGCUUUUGUUGUUCCGCAAGGAAGGGAGACGGAAUAUUUAUUCUCUUCGGCUGAGGGACAAAAGCAGCUAAUCAGCAUGACAGGGGCAGACAGAUUGAUUCUUGUCUUUCUGCACCGAGGACAAGCAUACGAAAGUGUGAACAGCAUCAGAGAAGAACUUGCGUCCAGCAUUGUCCAGUUAGCCCCUCAAGGGAUGCCUCCAAACACACAGAUUCCAUUUUUAUCCUGUGGAGACGAUAUGGGUCACAGAGAAGUCAUUUACGAAGGGCACAGUGAAUUUUCGGGAGAUUUUGUUGUUGAAGAUGUUGUGUGCGACGGAGGAGAAACCUUCAGAAAACUGGUGUUUCUGUCCAACCAGGGCGUAGUUCAAUCUGAGGCUCUUUUGAAAAAUUUGAGAAACAGAUCAAAAAAUGUCAACUUGUCCGUCGACACCUCUUACCUUGCCUGUGAUCACCACCGACUGAUGACCCUAGGAUUAGCUCUCUACGAAAAGCCAGAAGUGCUUGUGAUUGGCCUUGGGGGAGGGGGUCUUUGCUCCUUCAUCAAUAGAUGCUUUCAAAGUUGCCAUUUGACGGCUGUCGAGAUUGACCCAGCAAUGCUUAUGGUGGCCCAAAAGUAUUUUAACCUCACCCAGAGUGAAAGGUCUAAAGUUCAAAUUGGGGACGGGCUUCAGUUCAUCAAGGAUGCUGCCUUGAGUGGCCAAAAGUUUGAUGCAGUUUUGUUUGAUGUUGACAAUAAGGACACAUCUAUUGGUAUGAGUUGUCCGCCAAAAGAAUUUGUUACGAUGGAAGUUCUCCAAAAAGUUGAAAGUAUCCUCUGUGAAAAUGGCGUUUUUAUAUUGAAUUUGGUGUGCAGAGAUCCAACACUCAAGAUCAAGACUAUGAAGGAUUUGGUCGUGUGCUUCAAAUCUGUGGCUUCUAUUCCUUUAGAAGACGAAGUGAAUGAUGUUGUAUUCUGCUCAACUAGGAAAACACCCGAGGAUCUGGAAAAGUGGAUAAAAGAGUCUGCAAAAAAGGCCAACGCCCUUGCUAAGAAAUCGAAAGUUAAAGACGAGCUCUUAGACAUUGGAAAACUUUUCAAAAGCUUAACUUUGAUGUAACAAUUUAUAAUAAAAUUUAUACAAAUUUCACAAACUUGUU